AUGACCAAGCAAAGAAAGAUACCUUAUAAGUUUAAAUCUUUUAUCAUUUUUGUGUUCCAAGCACACGCCCCAUUUUUAACUAGCAGGUUCUUUGUGGAAACACCAAUCUCUAUUGUAGCAAGGGCGUCAAACAAACAAGAAAUAAUUCACAUCAUUAAAGUGUUCAAGGUCCCAUUGGAUCUAACUAUCCGAGAUCUACAGCAGAAAGAAAGAAAAGGUUUUCUUAAUAUAUACACCUAUUACAUGACAAACACAGUCCGCUUUUCGGGCGACACGGUUACCCACUUUGAGGACAUCACGCCCUCUUCAAAACCCACAGGAUAUAUCGAGUCAAAGAUCGGUGAUUUUCAAAACCAUAUACCAAAAGUCCAUAAGGUCUUCAAAUACUGUCCCUUUUUAAUCCGUGUAGAACUGACCACCAGGGGUAUCCUGUUUGAUUUCGACAACCUUCUGGACAACUGUCCAGUAAUGACACACCUGGUCCUUGACACAGAUAGUGUCAUACUCAGCCAAAAUUCUGCCAUAAUCUACUCUUCUCACGGUCUCCUGUCUCUUAGUAUUUGUAGCGCAAAAGUCAAUCCAUUCUUGUUCAAUUACGUGUCACAGCGCUGUCAAAAGCUAUCUUAUUUGACCUUGCGUGAUCUUCGGAUACAAAGCGUACCGCUCCAUUCGACUGAGAUGAUCUAUAUCGAUCUAUCGCAUAGUAAUCUUCAAUUGCUAAAUAUGUGUUCUAUCGAUACCAUAAAACCCCCGGCCAAACCACCCACCAAUGAAGGCAAAGGAAGACAAGGACUAAUUCCUCGACUGGCAUUGUUGGCAGUCACUAUAAUAAACCCUAACAACAAAUUUGCACUUGAACAUCAGCAGCAACUCAACAAUGAUGUUUUAGAAGCCCAACCGACAAUUGCAGACACAACCACCCUUUGGUUUCACAAGUAUCAUUCAAAAAUAAAGGGGGUUAAAUCAACACCAUGGGAACAACUGGAAGAAAAUGCUAAAGACCAAAGGCUAAUUGGAUAUGAUUUAAUUUAUGAUAAAGAAUCGACUGAUACAAAAUUUCGUGAAUGGAAGAAAUCAUCUCUGUUCACAAAGACAACGAGUCUUCAAUACUAUGUUGAAUUACGCUGUGAAUCAACGAGAAAACUUGUUCUAGGAUACUAG